AAGAGGCCUUGAAGUCCAUCAUGAAGGACCUGGUAGCACUCCAGAUGAGCCGACGUCACAGACUGACUGGCUAUGAUACCAUGAAGAAUAAAGACACUGCUCACUCCAACAAACAGAAAAAACACAAUGCCAGCAGUCCACCCCUCUUGGGCAGCCCUGCAAUAACAAACCAGUGUGCCUCUGCAGUGGAAGAAAAAAAAAUUCCGAAUGAUGUAAGGAUAAAGUUUGAACAUAACGGUGAAAGACGAAUUAUCCCAUUUGUCCGUCCCGUGCGCUAUGAAGAUGUGCAACAGAAAGUGAAAACAGCCUUUGGCCAGCCACUGGACCUCCACUACAUGAACAAUGAGCUGUCUAUUCCUUUGAAAAAUCAAGAUGACCUGGAUAAAGCAGUAGAUCUCUUAGACCGAAGCUCUAAUGUGAAAAGCCUUAGAAUAUUAUUGCUGUCUCAGGACAGAAACCAUACCAGUUCUUCACCCCAUUCUGGACUGCCCAAGCAAGUCAGGAUUAAAACUUCCCAAUCUGUGGGGGAUGUGAACACACCCUAUCAGCAGCCAGAACCCAGAAGUAGGCAUCUGUCUGUCAGUUCCCAGAACACAGGCCGAAGUUCACCACCUCCUGGGUACGUUCCAGAGAGGCAACAGCGCAUUGCUCGGCAGGGUUCCUACACGAGCAUAAAUAGCGAAGGCGAAUUCAUCCCAGAAACCAACGAACAGUGUAUGCUGGACCCUUUAAGCAGUGCUGAAAACUCGGUGUCAGGAAGCUGUCAGUCCUUGGACAGGUCAGCAGACAGUCCUUCUUUUCGGAAGUCACGGAUGUCAAGGGCACAAAGCUUUCCUGAUAAUAGACAGGAGUUCUCAGACCGCGAGAAUCAGAUAUAUGACAAAGCAGGGAAAGGUGGGACCUACCCUCGGCGCUACAAUGUCUCCAUACAGCACAAAGACUACAACGAUGGCCGGAGGACGUUUCCCCGGAUACGGCGUCACCAAGGGAAUCUUUUCACCUUGGUCCCUUCAAGUCGUUCCUUAAGCACUAACGGAGAAAACCUGGGCCUGGCUUUGCAGUACCUGGAUCCCCGGGGACGCCUGCGGAGUGCCGACAGUGAAAAUGCCCUUGGUGUGCAGGAGAGGAACAUUCCCACCAAAUCUCCGAGUGCUCCAAUAAACUGGCGGCGAGGAAAACUGCUGGGCCAGGGUGCCUUUGGUCGUGUGUAUUUGUGCUAUGAUGUGGACACGGGCAGAGAGCUUGCAGCUAAGCAGGUCCAGUUUGACCCAGAGAGUCCUGAAACAAGCAAGGAAGUGAGUGCCCUAGAGUGUGAAAUUCAGCUGCUGAAGAAUCUCCAGCAUGAACGUAUUGUUCAGUAUUAUGGCUGCUUACGGGAUCGAGCAGAGAAGACCUUGACCAUCUUCAUGGAGUACAUGCCAGGGGGAUCAGUGAAAGACCAGCUGAAGGCGUAUGGUGCUCUCACGGAAAAUGUAACCCGGAAAUACACUCGCCAGAUUCUCGAGGGAGUCUCGUACCUUCACAGCAACAUGAUUGUGCACAGGGACAUUAAAGGAGCCAAUAUUCUCCGUGACUCUGCUGGGAAUGUGAAGCUUGGGGACUUUGGGGCCAGCAAACGGCUGCAGACAAUCUGUAUGUCUGGAACAGGCAUCUGCUCUGUCACUGGCACGCCAUAUUGGAUGAGCCCGGAGGUGAUCAGCGGAGAAGGCUAUGGAAGAAAAGCCGACGUAUGGAGCCUCGGUUGUACUGUUGUGGAAAUGCUGACAGAGAAACCACCCUGGGCAGAGUACGAAGCCAUGGCAGCCAUUUUCAAAAUCGCCACCCAACCAACCAACCCCCAGCUCCCCUCUCACAUAUCAGAACAUUGCCGGGACUUUCUAAAGCAGAUCUUUGUGGAAGCCAGGCACAGGCCCUCUGCUGAAGAGCUGCUCAGACAUCAGUUUGCACAGCUCCAGUACUGAAUUACCUCCCUUGCUAAGUAGCUCCUGCUGGGCUUUCAGUGCCCCGUCUGGUCUAGUUGCAACUGCCCGUUGUGGUGCUGCAUCUUCAAAAUGCCAACUCAGCUGUCCUAGUCCUUUGGGGA